AUGAUUCCAUCACUAUUCAUCAUUCUGGAUAAAUUACCUUUGAACGCGAAUGGAAAAAUUGAUCGAAAAUCGCUACCACAUCCGGAAUCGGAAAUUUUUUCGGAGAAAGAUUAUGACAAUUCUAUGCCAUUAAGUCCACUUGAAAGACAUCUACAGACGAUCUUCUGUCAGUCGUUAAACGUCGCAAGUGUUCCAGUAGACAGAGAGUUGAAGUAUUUGGGAGGCUCAUCCCUGGAUGCAAUGCGCAUUUUGUCAGCUGUUCGACAGGAAAUAUGUGAUAAAAUUGACAUCAAUCUUGUACUGAUAAAUUCAUCUGUGAAAGAACUGGCGCGCGCGAUGGAACCAUUAAUGGUAAUGAAAAAAACGGUUGAAUCAGAUGUCAUUUUGGAAGCAAAGCCAAUUGAUACUAUAUACAAACCAUCGUUUGUGUUAGAGGCAGUCGGCAUUGGUGUUCUUAUGUGUUUGUGGGUAUUUCCAAUCUUGAGUGCAUUAUAUUCAAGGAGCAUGAGAUAUGUUAUUUUGGUGCCGAUUUUGCAUAUGUUACCCUAUGCGAUUUUACGAUAUUUUUGGUUCUCACAGAAGACAGAAACGGUGGAGUGUGGUCCAUUAUAUUCAUGGAGGUAUUAUCAAUGGUGGUUCUUAGAUCGUCUAUGGUCAGUCAAUAACUCUUAUUGGUUGCAGCAUCUAGUAGGAACACCUUUUUAUAACACCUAUCUUCGCUUAUGUGGUGCUCGAAUCGGUAAUCAUGCUCACAUCUAUAGUACGAAUAUAGAUGCUCCUUGGUUACUUCAAAUCGGUGAUUCCACGGUUAUUAGCACAGACACCUUGCUGACUAGUCUUUCACUUGACGACGAGACCUAUUCUCUUCAAGAGAUCAGUAUCGGAUCAUACUGUUCAAUAGAUUCUCGGUGCGUUUUGUAUGGCGGUGUGAAGAUGGAAAGUUAUAUUCACGUUAAACCAAUGUCUGCUAUAACAGGAGAUAUUUUACAACCAACAUACCAUACAAUAUCUGAUAAACGGUAUAUAAGUAAAGAACAAACGAUGUAUCAGCUAAUUUGCAUACUGUGUAUAUUGGGCGCCCAUAUUACUCUUAUUUUUUCAACAUUUCUCGCCUACGAAAAAUGUCGAGUAUUUUCAUUGCCUUUAUUCAUUUCUCUUGUUCUCGCUUGGUUAUAUUGGACGUUGCUAAGCCUAGUGGUUGUCCUAUUUUCACUGAAAGUUUUAGUACGGCAUACCGUACCUGGGAUCUAUUCAAUAAACUCUUAUUAUUACUUACGAAAGAUCUGGUUGCGACAACUCUUAAUUUCUUCAUUUCGACAAUCAUUCGAACUGUUUUAUGCAUUCGAUGAAUUAUCACCUAUUGCGCUCCGCUGGCUGAAUGCACACGUUGCUGACAAUGUCAAAUUGGGGAAUUUACAUCAGCUAUUAUAUUUUCCCUCCAAUCUGCAGAUAUUUGAGCACGGCGUGACGACGUUUGGUGGAGUUAUGCUUUCUCCGUUUGCAUUGACACCUUCGGGUCACUGUUACAUUGAUGAAAUCUAUCUUGGCUCAGGAACAAAUCUCGGCAAUCAGUGUACGCUCAUGCCGGGCGCAAAACUUCCACAUAAUUGCAUGGUUGGUACUCUAACGCUCAUUACGAAAGACAUAGAUUGUUCCAAAUCAGAUACAGUUUUACUCGGUAUUCCAGGUCGUUCAAUGCCGUUUGCCAUGUCUAAUACGAGAGAUUCUACGAAGGAGCCAUCAGUUUUUGAAUCGUCAUUUCUUAACGCUAUAUGGUGCGCAUGUUUAUUUUUCUUCAUCACAAAAGCUUCAGUCUUAUUUUUCUACUGCGUAUUUCCUGGUUUCCUUGCUCUCUUAGCUCACACGGUUUUCCUUUGUGUAAUUUAUCGUUAUACAACAGCAAAUCAGAGAACAACAAGAGCGCUGGAAUACUCGGAAUUCGUGACUUACACGGGACGCCUGGCCGAAACGGUUAAAACUGAUUUUGUUACAUUUAUUGGUCCGUUUCUAGCACGAACACAAUUUCUGGUACUUUUGCUUCGCGGACUCGGUGCAGAUAUCGGACGCGAUGUGCUUUUAUCCGAUAUUGGUUGUCUACUGGAUCCUCAACUAACGACCAUAGGGGAUCAUGUUCGCUUUCACACAGGAUCGACCAUCCAGUGUCAUACGUUUGAACAGCGUGUCUUCAAAAUAGCGUCUGUUAAUGUACAACACUCAAGUGUUCUCAUGAGUAAUUCUAUCGUACACCCUGGAUCAAUACUAAAAGGACGAAAUCGACUACUUCCGCUGACACUUGUGAUGAAAAGCGAUCAACUACCAUAUGCCACUGUUUGGUCAGGUGUGCCAGCUCAACGGAUUCAAUAG